UUAUUCGUACUGCAACCGCCAGGUCGAGUGGACGCUGGCUUAAGCUGGGAUCGGCUUAAAAUUUCGAGCACUUUUUUUUUCGUUUUGUUUCAGUGGAAAAAAGAGGUGAUCAUUGGUGGCGUUAAUUUAUUCCAAAUUUGGUACCGGCUGGAGGGGAGACAUCAAAACAGUGCUUUAUUUUUAGAUCGUAUUAGUUUCAUUUUCAGCAGUGUUGGUGGUCUCUUAAUUGGCACUUUAUGGAAAUCGUUUUUCGGACUUUUCGCGUGUUCGGUUAUUACAUCUGAUAGCCAGGUAGUGGCAUUAUUAAAACAUAGAAGAAAUAACAAAAAGAGUGAAGAACCCACGGUUGUCAACGCGGGUGGAAGGCGCAAGAAGUUGCUGAAUUUUAAGCAGUUUGAGCUUGGGGUCUCGUUCCCAUACCAACUGAACGAGGUUUUAGUGGUGGGUUUGGAGAGGCUUUGCACGUGGAAAAGCCAAACUGAAAUAAAAACCCGACACACUCCCACACCACAAUGGCCGUUGAUGCAGUUUUUCGAAAGUUGCUGACCUGUGCGCUGGUGGCCUCGCUAGCCUCCGGGGCCAGUCUGUCCGGUGGCCGCGAUGGCGACCGUGGCGAAAAUACCGUUGGUGGCCACCACCAGGGUGGUUCCUCCUCACCCGGGGGCUCCUCGUCUUCGUCGUCCGGUUCCUCCUCGCAGCUGGUCACGGGACCGACGCUGGGCAGUCUUUACCGGAGCACCCGGGACGAAUAUGGCCGGUACGGGAACCGGGAGCAACGGUGUGGCAGCUGCGGCGGUGGGGGUGGAUCCGGUUCCGGGUACGCCGAUCGGGACAUGAGGUCGUACGGGAGGCCGUUGGGCGUGCACGGGUAUUACGCCGGGCGGGGAUCCAUCUACGAUGACCGGAACUGGUACUACCGGCCCGAGGGUGGAUACUACGACGAUCGGAUGAGCUCGCGGGGUGGUGGCGAUGGGUACUACAGCAGCAUGAGGCCGAGCUACAUGGGCAUGAUGAUGGGAUACGACGAUCGCUACAUGAACCGGUACGACGACCGUUACUACCCGAUGUCGACGCGGGGCUACUACGACAACCGACCCGCUUACCCCACCGCAGGCGCCGGAGUCGAUCCGUACGCGAUGCGUGGCUACCCCGCGGCACCGGCUCCAGCUGCAGGCGCCUACCCCGGUUACCGCGGCAACGGGUACGACAACCUGGAUCCCCAGUACGACUACUACAUGAUGCUGGCAAAGGGCGGCGGAGGCGGUGGAGCUGGAGGUUACGGUAAUCGAGGUGGUUACUACGGAACAUCCGGUGCUUACGGCGGUGGCUACGAUGAUCGCAAUCGCGUCGGAUAUGGUUAUGAUCACAAGAACUUCCGACCGUGGGAUGAAACGUACAGUGGAACGUCCGGUUUUGAUAACUCUGGCCGUGGUUACUAUUUCGCCAGUCGGCCAGGCUCAUCCUCAUCAUCAUCAUCGUCCCCAUCGGCACCGUCAUCACCAUCCGCACCGGGAUACCCUCAGCCAGCACCGGCACCGUCCUCGUCCCACCACUAUCAACCCGCACCGCAGCCACCAGCCGCCGGUCAUCGACCGGGAGGGCCUCCGACGGGCCCGGCCGGAACCUACACCAGCCAACCGAUCGGAUUCCACCAGCAACCUGGCGGCCCCGCCGGACCGAGCGAGCAUCGACCGGACAGGCCGUGCUGUUCCGAGUGUUGCCAGCAGCGCUACCCGGCGGGACCGACCGGAACCGGGUCCGGAUACAACCGGCCACAGGAGCAUCCCGCGCACCAGUACGGAACCAGUGGAACCGGUGACCAUGGGCGGCCCGGCUCGUGGAACUACCUGAGUGGAGCGGGAGGAUCUACGGGAAGUAGUUCCGGCCAGGACUACCACCAGGCGUCAUCGGCGGUCGGAGGACACUCGUCGUCGUCGUCGUCGUCGCAUUCCGCCGGAAGGCCAGACUACGGGGAUCGGGGUUCUGGUUAUGGUGCCGGUGGCGCCGCCGGAUCAGCCGGACACAGGCCGGACGGGGGCGAUCGGCAGCAAAACUCUGCCUAUAGUGGACGUCCCCGCCCGUCGGCAUCUCUAGGCGCCACCAGCUACCUCAUGGACCGGGACACGGGCAAUUCCGCCGGCGGACAGCAGCAACCCACGACCGCUGAGCUGCAGGCGGCAGACAACGACAACAACAACAACAACAACGGUGGCGAUUCUGACAGCAAGGCAACAGCAGGCCAUGACAGCCCGCAGAAGAGUGAGCCUUGAAAAAGGAAAAGAAUGAAUAAUGGAACCUUAAUCCUGACGCGAUACGAACAACGGACUUGGCGAGGAAUUUGCUUAAGUUUAGAGUGCAGAGCGGGCCUUAAGUUUACCAAGUAGGAGGAAGUUAAAGUAAAGUAAAAAACUCGAAUAAAUUUAAGAAGAGACGACACACAAAAACCAAAACUACGACAGGGGCGUAACAUACAGAACCAGAAAGUGUAUUUCUCGUUUUAAGUAUACAACUUAAUCUAGCUUAGUUCGUAAGGAAGUAAAUCUAUUUAUAAUCCCGUAAGAAAUUGGUAGCAAUAAACAUAACUGAUG